AUGGAGUUCCUGGAGAUCGGGGGCAGUGAAUCUCUGCGUUCAUACUGGAAGAUGUACCUGCCCAAAGUGCUGUUGCUAAUCUAUGUCGUGGACUCGGCCGAUCAUGCCCGACUGCCUGUGGCGAAACAGCUGCUUCAUCAGCUGAUCCAGAACAACUCCACUCUGCCGGUGGUGGUUCUGGCCAACAAGCAGGACCUCGAAGGUGCAUAUUGCAUCACCGAUAUCCACGAUGCUCUGGCACUGUCUGACAUCGGGGACGAGAGGAAGAUGUUCUUGAUUGGUACCCACGUGGCAGAGGAUGGCUCCGAGAUCUCCUCCAGCAUGAAGGAUGCCAAGGAGCUGAUAGCGCAGCUGGUUUUGGAAACGCAGAUACAAGAACUUGCAGAACCCAAGAAACCGGCUUGUGCAAAUGAUCCCAGGCUCGUGUGGGGAAACCAAGAGAUGAUCUGGACCCUCUCACGGGGUGCUGUGACAGCUCGACCAUCCCCAAGAACAGUGGCACUGGCCAAGCCCAAGCAAGAUUUUGGCAAGCACCAGUGCAGGUCAGUGAUAGGGACUCGUCCCCCGCUAGUGGAUUUUGGCUUCCCUUCUGAUCGGCUGCUCAAGCUGUCUGAACCUAAAAAAUACCACGCUGCUUACCUGCAGCAAAGACCUCGCCAGUCCCCUGAGUGGCCCGUGUCGCCAGCUGCACUGACCUAUAAGGCCUCCCCACGGAUCCUGGAGCUUGCACGGCCAAAGGUGCUGCACCCAGAGUUCCUGCUGGCCAGAGAGGUGCCAACACAGGUUACAAAUGCCGCAACCUCGGCCAGAGCAUCCUCACGCUUACAGCGUCUCGCAGAGCCCCGGGUCAGGGAGGUGACCUGCUGCUAUGAGCACAGCUUUCCUGAAUCUGUCAUCCGUCCGGUUUCCAAGUUGGCUCAGAAGGCAACUGCAAGCCCUCGGACCCUGGAGCUGGCUCGAGCAAAAAGAUUGCACCCUGACUAUGUGCCCCUGCGGGAUGCUGAGUGGCCAGUGACAAAGGCUGCAAAGCAUGCAGUGGCCACACCAAGGCUUGUGGAACUGGCCCAGCCUUGCAAAAGGCCUCCUAUGGGCUCGGUUCAACUCAACCCAGACGCGUUCACAGUGAAGGAGACUGCUAAGAAGGCAACUUGUUCUGCUCGGAUCCUAGACCUGGCUCGUCCGAUUAAGCGCUGA